AAAAACAGAAGAAGCUUACCCACUUUUCUUGUUCGAGAAACUUUUUGUUUUCUUAUCUCUUUGUCUUCACCGGAUACCGUGCUCAGGGAUCUGAUUUAUGUCAUGUGAUCUAAGUGUUUUGCUAUGUUUACACUAUAAUUAAUCAGAUGACUAUUGCAUCCUACAAUCAGUUUUGACAUAAAGAUUGUCUGAAGUUUCGAAUACAAAGACAUGAGAUUAUCUGAGCAAGUCUGAUAUAGAUACUAUCACGGAAAGAAACAUCAUGCAUGUCUCAGAUCAGCAACGAAUCCGUUAAAACUUUUCAGUUUUUGGUUUUCUUCUGCUGACUGUUUUUAAAUCUCUUUAGUUUACCCGUAACUGUUUCCAGGACAGGGUCUGAAUUUUAGAUAGAUAUAUAUUCUUCUUACACAAAGUAAAAAGAAUGUAAGAAGAAACCGAAGAAUAGAUAGAUAAAAUACUGUUGAUAACUUGUGUGAUGAUAUGUUAUUGAUAGCCAGUGUUUAUAAAUCAUGUUAAAUUGAGUUCGUUUUUUUCUUGCUCUUGUUUGUGUAGUUUGGCAUCUUAUGUGGUUAAAACAGAUGGUCAUAAUAUUUUAUAGAAACAAUUAGUUGGAAUCAAUAUUUUGGUUCAUCUUUUAUACCUCAUAAACUGAUAUUAGACUUUUUUGAAUGUUUGACAUGCUACUGGACAUUGUGAGAACACGUUCCAGGAAUCCAGCUGCAAAUGAGGACAACAACCUUCCCAAAAUACAUCAACAGAACACGCAGAAAUGGAAACGUUUAGAUUGGUAGACCUGGCCAUUCUCCUAUAGAUUACGGAAUUAAGAAAAGAAAAGAGGCAACUUGGCAGAAGAUUCUCAUAAAGCCUCAAAACCUUGUUCUUUCUCCCACUACACCUCUUUUGCCUCUUGGAGUCUCUCUCUCUGUAGCUGAGAAGCGAACCACUGAAGAACCCUUCAUGGAAAAGGACGAGCAAGAACCAACAAUGUCUGAGCCCACGAAAACCAAGUACGAUCGCCAACUCAGGAUCUGGGGAGAAGUAGGUCAAGCGGCUCUUGAAAACGCGAGCAUCUGUUUGCUUAAUUGUGGCCCUACUGGCUCAGAAGCCCUCAAGAAUCUCGUUCUUGGUGGAAUCGGAAGCAUCACCGUCGUCGACGGAUCCAGAGUUGAAAUUGGAGACCUUGGCAACAACUUCAUGGUGGAUAAGAAGAGUGUUGGUGAGUCAAAAGCCAAGACUGUAUGUGCCUUUCUUCAGGAGCUUAACGAUGCUGUGAGGGCUCACUUUGUUGAGGAGAAUCCGGAUUCUUUGAUUCUCACAGACCCGUCUUUCUUCUCUCAGUUCACUCUCGUUAUUGCCACGCAGCUAGUGGAAGACUCAAUGGUGAAACUAGAUAGAAUCUGCCGAGAAGCAAAUGUCAUGCUGGUUUUUGCUCGCUCCUAUGGCCUUACUGGCCUUGUUCGUAUCAGUGUAAAGGAGCACACCAUCAUCGAUUCGAAGCCUGAUCAUUUUCUUGAUGAUCUCCGCUUGAAUAAUCCCUGGCCUGAACUCAAGAGGUUUGUGGAGACCAUUGAUCUAAAGACACCAGAUCCCAUCGCUCAUAAGCACAUUCCUUACGUGGUCAUUCUUGUCAAGAUGGCUGAUGAAUGGGCUAAAACUCAUAGUAGCAACCUUCCCUCGACCAGGGAAGAGAAAAGGGAGUUUAAGGAUUUAGUUAAGUCCAAGAUGGUAUCGAUGGAUGAAGAUAACUACAAAGAAGCUGUUGAAGCCACUUUCAAAGUUUUUGCUCCUCGAGGAAUCAGCAAAGAGAUCCAAGAAAUUAUUGAUGAUCGUUAUGCUGAAGUUGGCUCAAACUCCUCAGCUUUUUGGGUAAUGGUAGCAGCUCUCAAGGAGUUCGUUUCAAAUGAAGGUGAUGGGGAGGCACCACUUGAAGGUUCCAUGCCCGACAUGACAUCUUCCACAGAGCAUUACAUCAAUUUGCAGAAAAUCUACCAUACAAAAGCUGAAGAUGAUUGUCUAUCCAUGGAGCAAAGAGUGAAAGACAUUCUAGCUAAAGUUGGUCGAGAUCCAAGUAGUAUCUCAAAACAAACUAUCAAGAGCUUUUGCAAGAAUGCAAGAAAACUGAAGGUAUGCAGAUAUCGUAUGAUAGAGGAUGAGUUCAGCAAUCCUUCUGUAACGGAACUACAAAAGUGUUUGGCUAGUCAGGAUUACAGUAGCGCAAUUGGAUUUUAUAUUCUUCUUAGAGCUGUUGAUAGAUUUGCUGCGACCUAUAACAAGUUUCCUGGACAGUUUGAUGGUGGAGAUAUAGAAGAGGACGCAUCUCGGUUAAGAACUAUUGCCCCGAGUGUUAUUAACGAAAUGGGUUGUGACGGCUAUGAACUUCCGGAAGAACUUUGCAAUGAGAUGUGCAGAUUUGGCGCUGCAGAGCUUCAUGUGGUCGCUGCUUUCAUCGGAGGAAUCGCAUCUCAAGAAGUAAUCAAGCUCAUCACGAAGCAGUUUGUACCAAUGUUGGGAACUUUCGUUUUCAACGGCAUUGAUCACAAUUCUCAGUCAUUGACAUUAUAGAAGAUUCUUAUUAGAGACUACUGGUGGCUACUGACAACUCCAACUUCACUUUUAUCCUCGACUCGAGUUGUGAAAUGGUACUUUAAAUACAGUAGUUUGGAGUUUUCAUUUCUGCCAUUGCACCAGACUGAUUAGAUCUCAUUUCUCCAUAUAACAAUUUGGAAUUCCUGAUGAAAUGUAUGUUUUGAUUCUUGAGCCGCGGUUUCAAAACCGAAGAGCUCGUGUUACAUAUUAGCCUUAUUUCUUACUGA